AAUCCCGUCGCAGUUCCUGGAUACUCUGCUGACUUGAAUUAACAAGAUCUACAAAGCAAGUCCAUUAUGCGUAGUGUUGAGGAUGAAUUAAUCCUUGCUAACUUUGAAGAAGCAGAAAAAUCCAAGGCCAAGCCCCCGUAAAGUAUCUGGCAAUUGGAUUAUUUACCAUUCUCAAGCCCUUGGCAUUCUCAAAUGGCCGUCCAAUACUGGCGGAAUCUGGCGACCCUCGCUUUUUCUCGAAUCUGGGUAUGAAACGGGAGGACGUCCUGCCCCUAAUCUACCAAGCGCCCGAAGUUACGCACACCCUGGAAUCACAAGAUCAAUAUUUGCAAUUGAGAAGUCCUGGUAUGUAUUUAAACUAGUAGUGCAAGGUCUGUGAUUUACCAUGGCCAAUCCCUUUACCAGCCUGAGAUCUUUUGAGCUCGGUCAUCUUUUCUAUGCCCAGGCUUCAGUUGAGAACGAUUCGGACAGUCAUCACCUCGCUGAGAUGGUAGUCAUCCUCGGGCCACCGCCGGCAGGGAUAAUCCAAAAGAGCGAUUGUGCGACCAAUUCCUUGGAUCAACAAGCGAAACAAACAGGGAACUGGACAAGUUCUACUGAGAUUCCUCCCAUUUCCUUAGAGAAACUGGAAGCGAAUAUGCAGGGCAAAGGCUGAGACCUGUUUCUCCGCUUCAUGCGCAAAUUGUUACAUCCCAGG